AGCAGCAGUAAAUGGCACGAGGCUGAGGGCUCCGCCCCCACGUUUCCUUCGGUCUACGCAGCCCACCCCCGGUGCUGCUGCUGCUGAUGCUAAGCCUCUCCUCAGCAUUCUGCCUGUGCAACGCUCUCUUCGCCACAGACAAGGUAAGUCAAAGGAGGGGAGGCAGCUACAGGGGUUUCCCUAUGCCAGACUACACAUGCUUAUGCCAACUGAGGGCGUCGUACGGCAAACCAACGAAAUAAAGCAAUGUUUCUUGGAAUGCAGAGGGGGUGCUGAGGUGGGUGACCUGCUGCGACAAGUGAUGGUCCCAUUCCCCAGCUAUGAGAAGUUUUUAGCCGGAUACAAAUGUAAUCUCUACACUGCAGGAAAUUAAUAAAACAUAUUCACAUUUCCUAAUAUUUUGUUGAGAAAGGAAGAAUAUUUUGUUUGCAAUAUUUCUUUUUUAACAAUAUUACAGACAGAAGAACGGAGGACGUGAUAAUUUUGCAAAGUUUCAGCAACAUCAUAUGGGUCUUUCCCCUGUUGUUAUUCCUUGUUACCUUAAUAUGACUGCAACUUUAAAGAUUUGACAUCUUCCACAUGCAUAAUGCUUGGCUGUCAAGCCUGUGUAAGUUUAAGGUCUCUUGUCCUGCAGGGAAAUUGCAGUCAGUUGCAUUUAUCUGGGCACCUACAAAUAAUACAAGUCGGGUUUAUUAAGGAUCUAUUACACCAGUUCCAGAGUUAAUGAUGCUGCACAGUUCCUUCAUCAAUAUUGUGUGUUAGCCGGGAGGCAAGAUCCACUAUCUACACGGGUUCGCUUCUGUCUCUGUUUCUUUUCAUGGCAAUGGAUUUUUACACCUGAGAAUGAAACCUUGGGAUGCCUAUUGCGUUUUAAGCACCCUGUUGAGGAAAUGUGUGCUGCAUACUGCUUCCACUUGGAUUUCGUGGCUGUGUUCUUUAUAUUCUGUUAAAUAUGGAAAAUCUUAAUUUGCUCUGAUGAUGGCACUACUCUACGAGCUGAAAUUUCUUCUGUUGUGUCGCCAGCAAAGCCAUGAAACCUUUCAGUACAGGGAUCAUUAAUCCUUUCUCGGAUAUUCAUUUCUUUCUCCUUACGGAGAUAAACUCCUAGCUGGAUUGAGACUGUAUUCUUCAAAGUGUGUCCUUAGUUAGUGUACUGUAGUAGUGCUCUGAUGCCUACCUAACACGUUUUACUUAAACUAGGGAGCAUCCAGCUUAUUUGCCCCCUUUUUCCAAUUUAAGGCUGAAAUGCCAGCCUUCUCAAAGUGGAAAGGUUGACACAGUUCUGCAAAUCUCAGAAUCGGGCAUCCAUUUUUUUUCACACUUGCCUGCAGCCAGGACGGUAUCAGUCCAGCUAUACUGCUUGUGAGAAGAGCUUGGAAGAUAGUAGCGUCUGUACUACGCAGACAGGUUUUCUACAUCCUACUUAAUGGACGAAGUAAGCAUAACAUCUGAAUGCUGUUGAGAAGGCUGAAUGAAAUACUCUGAGAGGCGUCACUUUGAACUGAUAUGUGUUCUCUGCUGGCAGGAAAUAUCUGAGGUGUAAAAUGGUUGACAGCAGCUGCUUAUUCUGAAGACUUCAAAACAAGUACUUCAAGACAGACGACUUGCGUUUCAUGAUGUAAAAAAAUUGUGACAUAUUUCCAAAGGCCACAGUAAAUCAUGGACAUUGAAAGAACAACUUGGACUGCCUCUCCAGACAUAGUUCUGCAUUGUAACUGAUCCACAUAAAAGGAUUUACAAGUCACCCAGGAAGAAAAUCCAUUUAGAAGGGGGAAGUUGACUUACAAUGAGAAUUACGAGCACAUCUUGUAUCUGCCCAGUCCUAGUAUGUCUCUGUUUUGUUCAGAGAUGUUAUGGAAGUAUUGUUCAUCAUGGCCCUGUUAAAGUGACAAGGAACCAAACCAAACAUAUCGAAAAGGAAACAGAAGUGCACCACCGUCCCAAACGUGGAUGGGUCUUUAACCAGUUCUUUGUUUUAGAAGAACAUAUAGGAUCAGAUCCACAGUAUGUUGGGAAGCUUCACUCUAAUGCUGAUAAAGGUGAUGGAUCAGUGAGAUAUAUUAUAACUGGAGAAGGAGCAGGUUCCAUAUUCAUCAUUGAUGAGACAACGGGGGAUAUACAUGCAACAGAAAGCCUAGACCGAGAACAGAAAUCACAUUAUGUACUUCAUGCUCAGGCCAUUGACCUACGGACGAAUAAGCCUCUUGAACCAGAAUCUGAAUUUAUUAUUAAAGUACAAGAUAUUAAUGACAAUGUCCCAAAGUUCACUGGUGGACCAUAUGUGGUGACAGUGCCAGAAAUGUCAGCAGUUGGUACUUCCGUUUUACAAGUGACAGCUACGGAUGCUGAUGACCCUACGUAUGGAAAUAGUGCAAGAGUAGUUUAUAGCAUUCUUCAGGGACAGCCAUAUUUCUCUGUAGAUCCCAAAACAGGUGUCAUCAGGACCGCCUUACCAAACAUGGACCGAGAAGCACGGGAACAUUAUUCUGUUGUCAUUCAAGCCAAAGACAUGGCAGGCCAAGUUGGAGGCCUGUCAGGUUCAACAACCGUUAACAUUACACUUACAGAUGUCAAUGAUAACCCACCAAAAUUUCUUCAGAAACAUUAUCAACUUUAUGUGCCAGAAUCAGCCCAUGUCGGUACCGCAGUUGGAAAAAUCAAGGCGAGUGAUGCAGAUGUCGGUUCAAAUGCUGAUAUGAGGUACGCAAUCAUAAAUGGUGAUGGUGCUAGCACAUUUUCCAUAUCAACCGAGACAGAAACAGGAGAAGGAAUCAUCUCACUAAAGAAGCCUCUCAACUAUGAAAAGAAGAAAACCUAUACAUUGAAUAUUGAAGGAGCAAAUACAAAUGUGGAUUCUCGCUUCAUUAACUUUGGACCCUUUAAAGAUAUGACAACACUUAAAAUUACUGUAGGAGAUGUGGAUGAACCUCCCCUUUUUACAGAACCUGCUUAUGUUAUGGAAGUUUAUGAAAAUGCUGACAUUGGGACUGUAGUUGGCGAAGUGACAGCAAGAGACCCUGACAGUGCAAACAGCUUAGUAAGAUAUUUCAUUGACCACAAUGCACAUGAUGAGAGGUAUUUCCACAUAGAUGCAAACAGUGGGGCCAUUAAGACUGCAAAGUUUCUCAACAGAGAAGAAAUACCAUGGCACAACAUAACAGUUUCAGCCUCUGAAAUAGAUAAUCCAAGUCUGUUGAGCCAUGUUCCAGUUGGUAUUCAGGUUCUGGAUGUUAAUGACAAUUCUCCAGAGCUGUCUAGUGAUUACGACAUAAUUGUUUGUGAGAAUGCCAAACCUGGUCAGGUAAUUCAGACUCUACGAGCUGAUGACAAAGAUGAUACUGCAAAUGGGCCAAGUUUUAUCUUUACUGUGGAUGAAGGACCUACUACUAAUCCUAACUUCACAGUUCGGAAUAACAAUGACAACACAGCCAGCAUUGUUACAAAAAGGAAAAGGUUUAGCCGGAAAACCCAAGAGGUGUAUUAUCUUCCAAUUAUUAUCUCUGAUGGGGGGACUCCAACCCUCAGCAGCAGCAGUACCCUCACUAUAAGAGUGUGUGCAUGUGAACGAGAUGGAAGUGUCCGGACAUGCCAUGCUGAAGCUUUUCUCUCUGCAGCUGGACUGAGUACAGGAGCAUUAAUUGCAAUUCUUCUCUGUGUCAUAAUUUUGCUUGCAAUUGUAGUCCUUUUCAUUACUCUGAAGAGAAGCAAAAAAGAGCCUCUCAUUAUUUCUGAAGAAGACGUCAGAGAAAAUGUUGUUACUUACGAUGAUGAAGGAGGAGGCGAGGAAGACACAGAGGCAUUUGACAUCACGGCUUUGAGGAAUCCUGCAGCAGCUGAGGAGAUGAAAUAUCGGAGAGAUAUCAGACCAGACGUCAAACCUACCCCUAAACAUGUGCUGCCCCCAGUGCUAGACAGUCUGGAUGUUCAUGAGUUCAUAAAACAAAGACUGGUGGAGGCCGACCUUGACCCAAGUGUUCCUCCAUAUGAUUCCCUUCAGACUUAUGCCUAUGAAGGUCAAGGCUCAGAUGCUGGAUCCAUUAGUUCUCUAGACUCUGUUGCUACACAGUCAGAACAGGAUUUUAAUUUUCUUUGUGACUGGGGACCAGAAUUCAAAAAACUAGCUGAACUUUAUGGAGACAUACAAUCAGAAAGAACCACUUAGCUUUCUCUGAGAUUUCACAGAUCUUCUAGUUGCAGGAAACAUUGAAACUCUCAGAAGUGAAACAGUUGUCAUUUUAACUGUAGCAACAAGUGCCCUUUUCAUACGUUGAAACAUGGGUUCUUCAGCUGGAAGAGAAACACAUUUUGAAAAUACAGAAAAAAAGGAAACUAUUUUCCCUGGUGUAUAUUUUUUAUUGCUCAAUAAAAUCAUUACAUCCAUAUCAGUAAAGACACAUGCAGUACAGAAUGAAAAUUA